GGGGGGGACAAAAUGGCGUCGUCCGUGGCCUUCCAGCAGCUGCGAGACCUGAUCGAGACGCAGGAGGCUUUGCUGGAGAGGCUGAGGCGACAGAUAGCAAUGCAGAAAGAGAACUCUGUAAGCAAGGUGGAAUAUGAGGCUAUUAUAAGGAAACUGCAGAAGGAAGAGGAAGAACAUGCAAAGACAAAGAGUAAUCUAGCUAUGGAAUCUGAACAGCUGGAAUUCGCCCUUGGGGAGAUUGAUGUUCUGUCAAAGCAACUUGAGAGGGAGAAACAAGCUUUUGACACUGCACUUUCUCGGGUAAAAAGCAAAGUGCAGAAGGAAUCAAUCCAAAAAGACAAGCUGUUGAGCAAAUGCGCUGAAAUUGAGACCCAUAUUCAAAAGCAGGAGGACGUUCUGAACUACAAAGAAAAUGAGAUCAGGGAGCUGCAGAACUUCAUCAACAACCAGAAGCAAACAUUAAAAAAACAAGCAUCUGAAUUCAAGAUACAAAAACAACAGGAAAGUUACAUAGCAAAAGUGCUUGGGAGAAAGAACAAGAAGGAUAUGAAAUAACCAUAGAAGCAUUCCCUUAAGUCACUUGAUUCUAAUCUUACUCUUUCAUGUGUUGAAAUAAAAAAUGAACUUCUAUGUUUUUCCACCAAAAAAUUACUCUGCCUGUAAUUUAAGUGAGAUAUUCAACUCUAAAUGCCAACUUUCCCUACUUCAUUCUGUCCAGUGGGACCAAUGUCAGGUGUAUGAAUUACUGUACACGUUUAGGUGGACAAAGACUACUGCAUUGGAUUCUGUAUAUUUAAGCAUAAGGCACCAUUUUUUUCACCUGUAUAUGAUAGGCAGUCAAGAUCCCAAUGAUCUUUAAAGCAUCUGUGGGUUUUAAUGAAAUCACUACUACAUAGUGUAGUAAUUCAAUAACUAUGUAUUUAUGGUACUUUGUUGUUCCUGGUGUGGGUGGGACUAUGAGGUUACCAUUGCAACCAUGUACAUGUCUAUUCAGAAGUAGGUCACACUGAGUUCAAAAGAUACGAAGGUAAGUGAGUAAAGAAUUGCAGGAGCUUAUUUCUAAACUAGCACGUGCCAUUCAAGGCUGUCUAUCAUUUUCCCUCUUUAGCUGUUUAUAGACGUGAAAGAAACAUUUUCAAAGGGAAGUGGCAUCAAAUGGAAGAGAAAAACAAAUAACUGUAGCUUCAAACAAUUAAAAGGCUGCCGCCACAUGGCAUAUCUUCUCAAAGUCACACUUUUUUCCCAGCCCUAGUUUUAAUUUAAGAUGAAGCUGCAGCGGGAGAAUCUUUGCAGAUGCAGCUGGAAUCUGACACCUUAGCUGCAAAGAUUCCUCCCAAAAAUGGGUCUUGAAUUCAGUGCUGAAUUUGCAGCAAGGAUUGGAUGGGAGCUCCAGCCAGUGGAACCAGGAGCAAAUUAAGACCCCUAUUGCACCUGAUGGGGCCAGAGGUCACCCACGUCUGUGCUAGAUACUCAUGGGUGAGGGAAAGACCCUUGUGUACAUGCUCCAGGGCAUUUGUACCACAUAUUCCAGGACUGUGCUGCAGGCUGCAAUCGUAAACACCGGUGCUAGGAAAUAAGCCUUACUGAACUCUCUGGAACUUCUGAGUUCCAUGCAUAAGAUUGCACCAAUCUUUAUAGCUUCUCUUUGGCCCUUUUUGCAUGAUCUUUUAAAAACAUACAGUUGUUAGUUCUUCUUUUAUUCCCUUAAACUGGCGCUUCUUUAGUAAAGAACAUUUAUUUUCCAAACACUAAAGUACAAUGUUUUGUACCUGGGAUUAUGCACUGCAAACUCUAGGAUUGUAUAUCCUUUGCUGUUAUCCUUGUAAACUUAACCUGUUUAUGUGGGUAUUAUGGGAACCAACUAUUGUUCUCUGUGAUGUUAGUGAUAAGUAAACUUUUUAGUUUGAAAACUCUACUA